ACGUCGGGGUGAGCAGGGCGCUCCGCAUGCCCAAGCCCGCCAUGGCCGUCACCGGCGACGAGACAGCUGCCACAGGGGACAUGCUCACUUACCAGAUCCGGGCUCCCACGACGGCGCUGCCCCAGGGCGUGGUGAUGGCCGCCUCACCAGGGAGUCUGCACAGCCCCCAGCAGCUAGCGGAAGAAGCCACAAGGAAGCGGGAGCUGAGGCUAAUGAAAAACAGGGAAGCUGCUCGGGAGUGUUGCAGGAAGAAGAAGGAAUAUGUCAAAUGUCUUGAAAACUGUGUGGCUGUGCUUGAAAACCAAAACAAGACCCUCAUUGAGGAACUCAAGGCCCUCAAAGAUCUUUAUUGCCAUAAAGCAGAGUAACUGAGUUUGACCUUGUUUAUGGGGAGCUGUGACCAAGGCAAGUGACGUGGCGGGCCUCUGGUCACCAGUGUGGACUUGUGGAAGGGACAUCUGUGACCCUUAACUAAGAAUCCACUUGGUCUGAGGGUGUGAAAUUGAAUUGGGAAUGUUGUUCCAAGAUUUGGAGUACGUUUCUGAUUACACUUACCAAGCUUACGUCCACGUAUUUGUCAAUUGCCUGCAAAAACAACAAGAAAAACAAUGUUUUGUUUGCCCUUAUGCCUCUACUUUUUCUAGGGAAGCUGCUAAAGAAUGUCGACAUUGAAAGAAAGAAUAUGUGAAAUGUCUGGAAAGUGGAGUUGCCGUGCUGGAAGUUCAGAACAAGAAGCUUAUAGAGGAACUUGAAACCUUGAAAGACAUUUGCUCUCCCAAAACAGAUUAGUAGAAAUAUUUAACUCUGAACUGACUACAGCAUGUACAGUUGCUUUUGAAAGCAAUACAAUAUAUAGCUGGCAAGAAUAAUGGCUUUUCCUUUGUAUUAUUCAUCUUCCUGUCUCAUCUCUAACAUUCCUAAAAUGCUUCACUGUAUGUACGUAACUCCUAGCCCAAACUACCAUUUUGAAAAAGAGACAAACUGUAAAAAAAAAAAUGUAUGUAAAAUUCUUGAACUAUUUGUAA